AUGAGAUUUCACUUCGAUCCAAACAAUGUUAAUCGAAUCAAGUAGUAAUAACAGGAGAAGCAAUAGAAAUAACCGAAAAUAGAAUUGCCAGACUCACAGAAUACAGUAUAAGUAGUGCCACAGAUUUCAAUAGAGUUGCCAAAUGAGAAUUCAAACGCAGUAAAAUAGAUGUAAAUUUAGGAAGUGCCUCAAGGGAACGAUGCAUAGAAAAUAAUACCAGAACUAAAUCAACACAUCUAUGAACCCAAGGAAUCAUGGGAGAAAUUGCCCGAUUAUCCAUUAGUCAUCCAAGACCUUGUGGUUCCUGAUUGCGAUCAAAAUGAGAUUUAUCUGGCUUUAUACGAGCAGUAUUUCAAUGAAGAGAUUGUGAAAUUUAAGGAACACUAUUCCUAGUAUAAAGAACUAAUUUUUUACUGUGAAAAGAUGCAAGCUAUGAUGACUGCCUUUCUUAAGAAGGAGAGAUAACUGAAGGAAAAGUAUUGUCAACCCACUCAAAAGGAUUUGCCGUACCACAUAAAGAAAUUGGAGUAUCUUUAAUAGAUUAAGGAGUAUGAAAAGUCUAUUGAGAAAUUCUUGAAGGCUUAGGCAAAAAUACGAUAAAUGUUGCCACACGAGAACCUGCAACAUGCAAGCAUAUAAAUGAUCAAUCACGUUUCAUAUGAUUAAUCAUAAAACCACGAUAUUUUUAAUCAAAGAAUUAGCGAGUUUCUGGAAAAGAAUUAGCACCUGAAGGAUCAACUGCAAUAAAGAACAACCCAACAUGUAUUGAUUGUUAUGGCAUGUUUACUAGUUCGCAAAGUUAUUGAAUGA